AACCAAAGCAGACCUCUUUAAAUUUCCUUGCUACCUGCCCUCUUACCCUACUCUAAACCAUCGGCGACAACAAGUACGCAGAUGUUCUUCUAAAUACUCGAUCGUCAAGGUUUCUUACUCUAGGAACUAAUUAUUAAGCGAAAAAACUGAUCGAUGGCUUUGCCUCGUUUAGCUUCGAAGAGUAUCCUACAAAGGGUGUUGGCUUCUAAUUCUUUGCUGGGUCAAGGUGCUCGUGAGAGGAGUGUUGGUGGUGUUCAGAGACAGAGGUGGGGAAAUGAGAUUGUGAGGACGUUUACUGCAGCAGAUGUUGAUAAGGUGGCUGGUGAGAAAACAGAACAUGGCAAAGAUCAGGUAGCUGUUUCUGAAGGUGGUAAGAAGUCCAUGUUAUUCCCGAAGAGGCAGCGCAAGAGGUGGCUGUGGAGGAACAAGGACCGUCAUGACUUUUCUCCUGCCCAUUACGAUUUCUUUUCCUCGGGGCUUGGAAAUGCGCUCAUGCAAGCAACCCAGAACAUAAACAGUCUGUUCGAGAAAUUGAACAUAACCCCCUGGACACUCAGCGGCCGCGUAAAAGAGAAGGACAACAGCUACGUGUUGCGGUAUGAGGUGCCGGGGCUAUCCAAAGAAGACUUGAAGCUCACCAUCGAUGACGGAGUUUUAACAAUAACCGGAGAGCACAAGGAAGAGAACGAAGACGACUCGGACGAUGAGUCUUGGUCAGCUGCGAGCUAUGGCUACUAUCACACAAGCCUGUUGCUACCCGAGGAUGCCAAAAUUGACGAGGUUAAGGCGGAGUUGAAGGAUGGAGUUCUAACUAUUGUCAUUCCUAGAACUGAGAUGCCAAAGAAGGAUGUGAAGGAAGUGAAAGUACAUUAGUUUGAUAGGAGGCCCGAUCGAGUUUGAUGGAGCCUGCGAUGUGUACGUGUUUGUGCAUGUGGAAAAUAGAGGAAAGGGUUACCGUGUGUGCGCCUAUGUUUUGAAGAACGUACUCGUAUAUAUUUUGCAUGGCACAAUAAGAUGUAUGGGACUCUUUUU